AUGGAGGCAAUGGAUGGAAAUGUUACAGAAUGUGAAAUAGAUAAUAUGUUUCUUGUUGCUGAUAAAAAUAAAGAUGGAAAAAUUGAUUUUGAGGAGUUCAAAGAAUUAAUUUGGGCAAAUAAUGAUGUUUUAAGUAUUCAAACUACCUUUAGAACAUUAGAUUCUAAUUGUGAUGGCUUUAUAACUAAGGAUGAUCUUAUUAUAGCUUUGAAAAAUGGAAUAAUUACUAAUGAAGUGUAUAAUUCUGUGACAAAAUAUUUAGAAAAUGAUAAUAAAAUUUCGUUAGGAUUUUCUGAAUUUUAUAGCUUAAUGCCUAAAGAACACAGAUAUUUGUUAUGA